AUGGAGACGUUAUUGCAUGCAAAAUUAUUGCUGUCUGCAGAAGUAGAAUCUCUGAAAAGUGGUUCUUUCGACCAGACAUAUGUGAAAAAGGCUGAACAUAUCAUCAGUGGUGAAUCAUACCAGCUAGUACAGCAAUUUGUGGACAAAUUUAAGGGAAAAAUUAGUAUUUCGGGAGAAAUAUCCACAUCUAGUGUUAUUGCUGCUCUAAAUGACUUUCUUAACGUUGAGGUUUUCAAAAUGGGCCAAGAAAAUGAGAUGCUAUUUUUGGCUAUUGCCCUCUUACAGACCUUUAUUCAAAAUAACUACACCGGCCCAGCAGCUAGGUUGAAAGCAAUCUCAGGUUUGUUUGGCAAAACUGGAAUUGAAAUAGGAGCAGUUAAUACAGCCCUUUCCCGCUCAUUAGCCAUUAUGGGCCAGCCUGCCUACGAAUUUAUGGAUGAUCCAUUGUAUUUGGUUUUAUCACUAUUAUUACUUGAAAGGAUAACCGGCCAAAAAAGCUUAUUUGAUGUUACCCCGGAUCAAGAAAUUCCGCUACCUAUUAUCUCUGCUGAGUCUACUCCUGGAUUAUUAGCUGUAGCUUAUUGGUGGUGGGCAAGAGCUCUUUUGACGCAAUUGUCACUGAUUCCAGAACCUUCUGGGUUCCAAGCUAGUGUUGCAUCUGCAAUAUAUCAGUCUGCUGACCUUGCAUAUGCGAUAACUAAGGAAUUACCGGAGAGUAUUCACGAAGAUUUCAAAAGAGAACUUUGUGCAAUGUACUAUCUAGAGAAUGUCAAAUGUUCAUUGGCCAUCAACACAGAACAUUUGUGCCUGCCAUCCUUGACCAGAGCGAAAAAGAUAACAAAUUUUGAAUUUGUAAUGACGGGUGCACGCGCUACUAGAACUAAAUAUCAGCAAAAGGCUCAUGCCGGUUUGAUCAUUCUUGCCAAAUCCUUCACAUUUCAAAAUUUUGCUUUGAGAACGACAUCUGCUACACCAGAAACAUUUGCUUUAGAGUCCGAUCUAUUAUUGGAGAAGCCUCAUUUUGAGUCCAUUGCUGAUGAACCUCUAGACGAGCAAAUUUAUAGUAAAAGACAAAAGGUAGACCUAAAUGAAGGUUAUGAAGAAGAUAAACUAUUGCCAUUGGCACUACGUCAAGAAAAUAUUCCAAAGUUGUUGCUGGAUUUGAACCCUAACGAUCAACCUACCCUAUCUGAUUACGACAACAUCCAGUUGCUGUUACGUCUUUACACCAUAAAGAACACAACUCCGGCCAAGGAUCCUCUUGUGGAAGAAGAACUUACUGCUUUGCUUUCUAGAAUAUUAUAUCAAAACGGUGACAAAAAUUGGUCUAUUUUCGCCCGAUCAUUAUGGGAAAGGUCAAUUAUUGAGACAACAAAGGCUAAAACUAUUGAAAGAGGACUUUUACAAAUGCAAUCCCUCGUAGAAGAAUUGGAUUUGAAGAUUAAGAGUAAAUUGGUUCCAAGUUCAAGCGAAAUCAAUGUUGCUAGCAGGCUGUCAUACAUCCACCAGCUGCCGUUCAUCCCUAGGUGGCAAUUGGAUGCCACCUUAGCUGAAAAAUAUAUGUCGCUGGGUAUUUUGAAGUCCGCUGUGGAAAUUUAUGAAAGACUUGGUAUGGCAUGCGAGACUGCAUUAUGUUAUGCCGCUGUUGGAGAUGAAAAAAAGGCAGAAGAAAUCCUUCUUCAAAGAAUAAAUGAAAAUGAUUCGGAUGCCAGGGCUUACUCCAUUUUGGGUGAUAUAAAACAGGAUCCAUCCCUAUGGGAAAAAAGUUGGGAGAUUGGAAAAUACGUCAACGCAAAAAAUUCCCUUGCAAAGUAUUACUUUAAUCCUCCUCCAAAGUCUGGAGCACAACCAAAUUACUCUGCUACCUUGAAACAUUUAAAUGACUCGUUAAGGCAAUACCCAUUAAGCUUUGAAACGUGGUAUUUUUAUGGUUGCGUUGGAUUACAAUGUGGUAAAAUGCAGAUAGCUGCGGAGGCAUUUACCAGAUGUGUUUCAUUAGACCCUUAUCAUGCUCUUUCAUGGUCAAAUUUGAGCGCUGCAUAUACGAAAAUGGAUAAAUUGAAAGAAGCUUAUAGUUGUUUGAAAAGAGCCAUUUCAUGUGACGCUCAAAAGAACUGGAAAAUUUGGGAGAAUUACAUGCUUGUUGCUGUUAAGUUGAAUGAGUGGGAGGAUGUCUUAACUGCAUGUAAACAAUUAGUCAGUAUUAGGAGGGACAAAUCUGGCGAAGGUUCCAUCGACUUACCAAUUAUUGAAAAACUAGUAGAACUAUUAGUGACUAGUGAAUAUCCAGAGGAGCCGCAGCAAUUAUCUUAUUUUCAAAAGAGCUGUACUGAGUUUAUCUGUAACACUUUACCUCAGGUAAUUACAACCAGUGCAAGAUGUUGGCGACUGGUCGCAAGAGUAGAACUUUGGAGGAAGAGACCAUGGGCCGCCCUAGAAUGCCACGAGAAGGCUUAUAGGGCCAUUUCUCACAAUCCUGAUUUAGAAGUUGAAGAAAAGGUUUGGAAUGAUACAGUGGAUGCUUGUGAAGAUUUGGUGGCUGCCUAUGAAUCACUUGGUGAAAUGGAAGGUAAAUAUGGGCCAGGCAGUCUGGUUUGCAAAGACUGGAAAUACAAAUGUAGAUCUACUAUCAAAGCUCUAAUGAGUAAAGGCAAAGGCAGAUGGGAUGACUCUCCUGGUUGGGAUAGGCUAGUGGAAGCAAGAAGCCAAAUAUGA